GCGUGUGCAUGGGUGUGUGUUUGCACUUGAUUACUUCUGUCUGACCUGCUGUCUUGCACUCUAGGUCAUAGUGCAUGAGUAAAGUUAUAAUAUCAACUUACAUACAGUAGGCCACACAGGAAAAGGAAUUAGUGCUUUUGCCUAACCGCAGUGGUAACUGAGGUUCUUUCUAUGCAGUUUUCAAGAUCUGCUCUUAGUUCACACUGACUUCAGCGAGUGUAAAUGACCUGUGAAAGUGACUUGUGAUGAACUGGUGAACACUUCAUUUAAGAUAACAAAGUACUAAGUGACAGCUCAUUACUGUCAAACUCUGGUGUCUUCAGGUGACUUAUCCAUCUGGCACAAUUUUGAAGAUCAGAUUCCUGAUCUGACUUUGUUUAUAUAUAAAUUAAAGUGGAAAAAAACUAGGUGAAAAGCACACAGUAAGCACUGACUUGCGCCCCAGUCUGUUUCUCAAUGAAUUCCUGGAGGUCCCAAAGCUGUCUCAUCAAGUACCCAGGUUUCCUUUGGCAUCUUUUGCAGAGGUUGUUCAUUCUCCCACAGUGCUUAAGGCAACCUCAGAGAAAAGAAAUGGAGAAUUCUCAGCCAAUCUCUUUUUCUUCACCCAAGCCCAUUUUGAUUCAAUUCCAGCAGAGGAAAAAUGUGGUUACCGGAGCUUCAGAAGGUGUUGGCAAAGCAUAUGCAUUAGCAUUGGCUGAGAGGGGAAUGGACGUUGUUAUCAUGAGUCGAACCAAAGCAGCACUGGACAAGGUUGCCAAGGAAAUUGGUGAGAGAACAGGUCGGAGGGUGAAAGUCAUAGUGACAGAUUUCACAAAAGAAAACAUUUUCAGCAAAAUUGAGGUUCAACUUAAGGACCUGAACAUCGGGGUUUUAGUCAAUAAUGUAGGCAUGCUGCCCAGCUUAAUCCCCUUCAGAUUCCUUGAGUGUCCGGACUUGGAGAAGACAAUUCUAAAUGUGAUCAACUGCAAUAUGAAGACUAUGGUUAAGAUGUGCAAAAUAAUCCUCCCAGGCAUGGAGAACAGGAGAAAAGGGUUGAUGGUGAACAUUUCAUCUGGGACAGCUUGUAUUCCGUUCCCCAUGUACACAUUAUAUGCUGCAUCCAAGGUGUUUGUAGAGAGAUUUUCUCAAGGUCUUCAAGCUGAAUACAAGGAUAAGGGGAUUAUUAUACAGGUAGUGGCUCCAUUUGGAAUCUCCACUCGCAUGACCGGUUACAUCCAGACCAACGCAAUGACUCCAUCACCAGACAAUUUCGUUCAGAGCUCCCUGCUGUACCUCACAGCUGGAGACAAAACGCCUGGUUACUGCAGUGUAUCCCCACCAAGAUCCUGUACUCAGAAUCAAUGUUACAAGGCCUACAGGACUAUGUCCAGAAGCUGCCCAAGGAACCAAACUCUGGUGCAACUUGAUGGUUCAUCACUUCCUCUACACCAUCUAUACACACCUGUGUUUUACCUCUACUGCCCUCCUGUGGUUCCUAUUUCUCUGAUGACAUCAUCCUUCCCACUGGUGUCUUGUAACCAGUCCUUUCCCAUAUGUUUAUAUAUGGCAGAUACACUUGUCCCUGCUGAUCCUGGUGCCUAAUUUAGGUAUAAACACAAGAGAGCCAGUGAUUCUUGUGACUCAAAGACUGUUACUGUAACUGUUUUGAAUCAGUGCUUUCAGUGUGCUAUUGUGAUGUUGACCUACAAAAUGCACCAAUAAAAGGACAGCCAGGCUGUUCAGACAGUAGAGAGGAUGAUCCUCCCCUUGCCAUAUAGUGGAGAUUGAAGGAAACACAGCUUAAGGAGGACAUAGAAAGACACAGGUCAGACUGACGCUGAGCUCAUAUGAUUUAAGUCUGGACUCAAGCUAAGACAACAUCACAUAUAAGCG